AGAUCUAGAUUCUAGAUCUAGAAUUAGAUCAAUUGAUUCAUCUAUAAUCUCUAUCUAGACUAGAAUCUAAAUUAAAUAUGGAUAUCGAUCUAGAUCUACAUCUCAUCUAGAUCUAUCUACAGUGUAUAUAAUUAUAAUAGUAUUAAUACUAUCAAGAAUAGAUAUAUAUAUAUGUGACACAAAUGAGAAUGAAAAUGGCGACACUAACAGAACAAGCAGAAAAGUUGCUAGAUUUUUCCCAGAAACUAGACAUACAAUUAUUAGAUUCUAUAGUGGCAUGCAUGUAUACAGCUGAUGGACAACAGCAAAGAAUGGCUCAGGAAAUUUUAACCACUCUCAAAGAGCAUCCAGAUGCUUGGACAAGAGUUGAUACUAUUCUGGAAUUUUCAAACAAUCAACAAACUAAAUAUUAUGCCUUACAAAUCCUGGAAAAUGUUAUCAAAACAAGGUGGAAGGUGUUACCUCGAGCUCAGUGUGAAGGUAUAAAGAAAUACAUUGUUGGUUUGAUCAUCAAAACCUCAUCAGAUGCAUUACUUUUGGAAAAAGAAAAAGUUUAUGUUGGAAAGCUGAAUAUGAUCUUAGUACAGAUACUGAAAUAUGAAUGGCCUCGUAAUUGGCCCACCUUUAUUAGUGAUAUUAUUGGUGCAAGCAAAACCAAUGAAUCACUCUGUCAAAAUAACAUGGCGAUACUUAAAUUACUUAGUGAAGAGGUGUUUGAUUUCUCAAGCGGGCAAAUGACUCAAGCUAAAGCCAAGCACUUGAAAGACACUAUGUGCAGUGAAUUUUCACAAAUCUUUCAACUGUGUCAGUUUGUUAUGGACAACAGCCAAAAUGCUCCUCUUGUUGGUGCAACACUAGAGACACUGCUGCGAUUUCUGAAUUGGAUACCCUUGGGGUAUAUCUUUGAAACAAAGCUCAUUACAACUCUGAUUUACAAAUUUCUUAAUGUGCCGAUGUUUAGAAAUAUUACUAUGAAGUGUUUAACAGAAAUUGCUGGUGUCCAGGCAUCACAGAGCUAUGAUGAACAAUUUUUGCAACUGUUCACUUUAGGCAUGGCUCAAUUAAAACAGAUGCUUCCUUUGGAAACGAAUAUUAAAGAAGCCUAUCAAGGUGGCACUGAUGAUGAACAAAAUUUCAUUCAGAAUCUUAGUUUGUUUUUGUGCACCUUCCUAAAAGAACAUGCUCAGCUUAUUGAGAAAAAGCCAGAACUUCACAUUCUCCUUAUGGAGGCCCUUCACUAUCUGAUCCUCAUUUCACAUGUUGAAGAAGUUGAGAUCUUUAAGAUAUGCCUAGAGUACUGGAGCUCUCUUGCCUCAGAACUUUACAGGGAAAAUCCAUUUGCAGACACUGCACCAACACUGAUUUUUGCCCAGAUGCGUUCACCAAACCAGGAGAUGCCUGCUAGGCGUCAACUUUACAACCCUGUUCUUUCAAAGGUUCGUUUGGUUAUGAUUUCUCGCAUGGCUAAACCAGAGGAAGUGCUUGUUGUAGAAAAUGACCAAGGUGAAGUAGUCAGAGAAUUUAUGAAAGAUACAGACUCCAUUAAUUUGUAUAAGAACAUGAGAGAAACCUUAGUAUACUUGACUCAUUUGGAUUAUACAGACACUGAAAAUAUUAUGACUGAAAAAUUGCACAAUCAAGUCAAUGGAACAGAGUGGUCAUGGAAAAAUUUAAACACUAUAUGCUGGGCCAUAGGCUCUAUAAGUGGUGCUAUGCAUGAAGAUGAUGAAAAGAGAUUUCUGGUGACUGUCAUAAAGGAUUUGUUGGGCCUCUGUGAGCAGAAACGUGGCAAAGAUAAUAAAGCAAUCAUAGCUUCCAACAUAAUGUAUGUUGUUGGUCAGUAUCCUAGAUUUCUCAGGGCACACUGGAGGUUUUUAAAAACGGUUGUCAACAAACUGUUUGAAUUUAUGCAUGAAACACAUGAUGGUGUUCAAGAUAUGGCAUGUGAUACUUUUAUCAAAAUUGCCCAGAAGUGUAGACGACACUUUGUUCAAGUCCAAGUAGGAGAAGUCAUGCCGUUUAUUGAGGAAAUACUCAAUGGGAUUAACACUAUCAUUUGUGAUCUUCAACCGCAACAGGUGCACACAUUUUAUGAAGCUGUUGGUUUGAUGAUUGGUGCCCAAGUGGACCAAGUUGCCCAAGAACAUCUUAUAGAACGUUACAUGCUUCUGCCUAAUCAGGUCUGGGAUGGUAUAAUUAAUCAAGCAACACACAAUGUUCAGGUGCUAAAAGACCCAGAAGCUGUAAAACAGUUGGCUAAUAUUCUGAAGACUAAUGUACGAGCAUGUAAAGCUUUAGGGCAUCCUUAUGUUGUUCAGUUGGGCCGAAUUUACCUUGAUAUGUUGAAUGUGUAUAAAGUCAUGAGUGAAAAUAUUAGUAGUGCAAUUGCAACCAAUGGUGAAAGUGUAACUAAACAACCACUGAUCAGGUCUAUGAGAACUGUGAAAAAAGAGACCUUAAAACUUAUCUCUGGGUGGGUCAAUCGCUCAACGGAUCCUCAAAUGGUGGCUGAGAAUUUCAUAUUGCCUUUACUAGAAGCUGUUUUAUUGGAUUAUCAGCGAAAUGUUCCAGCAGCAAGAGAGCCUGAAGUUCUAAGCACAAUGGCUACUAUUGUCAAUAGCUUGAAGUCUCACAUUACUAAAGACAUCCCUCAGAUAUUUGAUGCAGUAUUUGAAUGCACUUUAACUAUGAUUAACAAGGAUUUUGAAGAAUUUCCAGAGCAUCGAACAAACUUUUUCUUGCUUUUACAAGCAGUUACUCAGCAUAGUUUCCAAGCUUUGCUAAAUAUCCCUCCAGCCCAGUUCAAACUUGUUCUUGAUUCCAUAAUUUGGGCUUUUAAACACACUAUGCGCAAUGUUGCAGACACUGGAUUAGACAUAUUGUAUGUCUUGCUUCAGAAUAUUUCUAGAGAAGAAGGCACUGCACAGAGCUUCUAUCAAACCUAUUUCACUGAUAUCCUUCAGCACUUGUUCUCAGUGAUUACAGAUAGUUCUCACACUGCAGGUCUCACGAUGCAAGCAACUAUAUUAGCCUACAUGUUCAAUUUAUUGGAACACAAUAAGAUUUUAGUUCCACUCAGUCCAACAGUCCCUGCAGCAGCACAGAAUGUUGUUUAUGUGCAGGAGUUUCUUCUAUCAUUACUGAAGACUGCGUUCCCUCAUCUCAAUGAACAACAGAUCAAGAUAUUUAUUGAAGGCUUAUUUAGCUUUGACCAAGAAUGUAAUGCCUUGAAGGAACACUUAAGAGAUUUCUUAGUUCAAAUUCGAGAAUUUGCUGGUGAGGAUUUGGAUGACCUGUUCUUAGAAGAAAGAGAAAAUGCAAUUCGGCACGCUCAAGAUGAAAAACGCAAGCAGCAGCUGGCUGUUCCUGGCAUAGUUGGACCCCAUGAAGUCCCAGAAGAAAUGCAGGAUUAAAAUUUCAUUUAUGUGUUCAUAUUUUAAUAGGCCUCUUUGCUUUCAAUCAAAAACCUUUUGUCAACUAAUAAAUUAUCCAUAUUUUAACAGCUUUUAGUAGAAAGCCCAGGAAUGUUAUUUUUCUUUCAAUGUGUAUCUAUAAAAUAUAUAUAUAUAUUCGGUUGAGUGAUCUGAAUAUAGACAAUCUAGGACUUCUGUUGUAUUCCUUCAUCACCAUAUACAGUGUAAAUAGUUGUAAUUCAACUGGCCACAUCAUUGACCACUGUCAUGCUCAUGAAUUAACUGCCACAUGUUUUCUUGUUAUUACUUGAAUAUUGCCUGUUUUUGAUGUUCAAGAAAUCAGGCAGAAUUUUUUUUUUUUUUGUUCACAUCUUACUAAAAAAAAAUGUUCUAGUCUUUUCUAUUCACUAAAUAUGUGUGCUAGAAUCUUUGUAAGCCAGUACAACAUUACAUUUGUUUUUUUUUUUUUGCCUCUAUUGAUCUCUGUAACAUGUUCAUCAUUGAAUCCCAAUUUGUCUUGACUUGAUAAACUGCUGCUUGAGAUGUGAUUUCUAUAACAUCAAGUUUUGAUUGUUGUUAGAAAUUAAGUUUUUAAUCAAGAGAACAUAAUUAUUACAAUAUAAUGGAAUAACUAAAAACCACAUUUUUUUUUUAAAACCAAAGUAUGUGAAUUGCAUAUUUUUUUAGACAGCACAUUUUAUGGUUGAGGGUUUUCUUGACUGUUAGCUGUUUAAAAAUUUAUGAUGAUUCUGUUGCAAGUUAGUAUUUUUUUUGCUGCAUAUCUGACAUUAUUUUUUAAAAAUUAUUCUCUUGCUUUUCUUUCUAUGUCAAAUGUAUCAUGAAAUCAUUUAAUUGAAACCACCCAUUACAUUUUGGUAGUUAAAGAGUAGUGUUAAGAGUUGUAUGACAAAACAAAGCAACAAAUAGCAUUCACCAGUAUUCCCAUUUGUUUGAAUUCUUAUGACAUGUAAGUAGACUAUAUUGCCAUUGAUUUUUUGCUAUUUUUUUAUUUAUGCAUCUGGUCUCAUUAACUUUAAUAACUGCACAUGUAUAUAAAUCUGUGUUGGCUCCCCUGUUGAAUCCUAGGUACUAUGUACUUAGCCAUAAGAAACCUUUUAAUCCUGGAGUUUUUUGCAGCAAGUUGAAAGCAAAAUGUAUAUCUGUACAAUAAAAGACAUGGCUGUAUUA